CUCAUUUCGCUACAACUGUAGCAGUAAAACCUGACUUGCUUUAUUGUCUAACUUAGGAAAUAACAAAUUCUGCAAAGCAUAAGUUAAUCUGAGUACAUUUAAUUUGUAAAAUGGAGUACCCACAGACGGAAGAACAAUAUUCUGCUGAUUACACCGAAGGGGAGGAGUUCAGCCAAAAUGGCGGUCAUGUUGAAGCCCCAUUAGCUGAUGAGUAUAGUAUGCCAGCAACGCCAGGCGAGAGUCACCCAGUGGUGGAAGAAUUCACAGAAGAACACCCAGCGCUGGAUCCAAAUGGCGGCGUUUCUCUCACUACACCGGGGGAGUAUCAUGAGAUGCGUAGUAUCUUAGCCGAUGGUGGGGACCGAUUUGGUGUGUGCUCUGUGGCGUUUGAUCUGAAUGAGGAACUGUUAUGGAUGGGCAACCAAGGGGGGCAUAUCACCUCUUAUUAUGGCUUAGAUAUGCAGAAGUACACAUCAUUUCAAAUUCAUGCUAGCAACGAAGUGCGACAGCUACUGACCUUUGAUAAUGGCGUCUUAGCAUUGACAAGCGAUAAUCUGAGAUGUUCUACCAGGCAGGGUAUGCGAGUAUUCGAACUGACAGGUGAAAAUAUUCACGAUAUGCAGUGUAUGUUACAAAGAAAUGCCUCUAGACUACUGAUAGGUGGACAUCAUACCAAAUUAAUUGAGGUUGACCUGAUAACGGGACAAGAGACUGAUCAAUAUGAAAUUGAUGAUCCUGGGGUUGCCAUCCUAAGAAUGGCUAAUACUAUCAGUAGCAGUUUACUGUGUUGUGGAGAUACCAGUGGAAAGAUCAUAUUACGCGACCCACAAAGUCUGAAAAAAGAGCAUGUAUUAGAAGCGCACACCGGUACACUGUCUGACUUUGAUGUACAUGGUAACCAGCUGGUUACAUGCGGAUUUUCUAACAGGAGCAGUUAUGUACAUCUAUGGAGUGAUAGGGAGACUGCAACAUACAACAAUUUUUCACAACCCACACAAUUUGCCGAUCCAGUUGAACCGUUACCUCCUAUUCACAUUAAUGACGAGAUGACACCGCUGUCUACGGUACCGAUGCCAUUCUGUAAUGGCCCAUUGUUAUCAGAUUGGGCGUCAGAAUACUGUGUUGCAGUCACACGACGCCCUCCACCUAUAGACCCAGAGAUAUUACGCACAAUGAAUAUGGUGCAGUUUAUCGGGUACGCUCCAAAUCUAGGCACAAAGAGGCGUAAUCAAGUGGAGUACAGAGAGGUGACAUUUGCGAAUAAAAACAAAGGUGGUAAAACUGUUCCACAGUCACCGAUUGGACGAGAUGUGGAUCCUCAGAUGUACAUGGUUCCUAAGAAAUACAGAAAAGUGGAAAUCAAAUAUUCUAAACUUGGAGUUGAAGACUUUGAUUUUAAGCAUUACAACAAGACUAAUUUUGCUGGCUUGGAAACGCACAUACCUAAUGCUUACUGUAACUCAAUGUUACAGGUGCUGUUCUUUAUUGAACCAUUGCGAUGUGCUCUUGAGACCCAUCUCUGUUCCAAGGAGUUCUGUCUAGCAUGUGAACUAUCGUUCUUGUUUCAUAUGUUGGAUCAUUGUAAAGGCUGGACAUGUCAGGCUACAAACUUUCUGAGGUCAUUCCGUACUGUUCCUGAAGCAUCUGCAUUAGGAUUAAUAUUGGCAGAUGCCGAGGAAUCCACUGGAAAGGCUAAUCUGAGAAGAUUAAUUCAGAACUGGAACAGAUUUAUUCUUCAGCAGAUUGAAUUGGACACAUCAGAGCAAGACGAGACAGCGCAAGCAUUGCCACCAACCAUGGUUAGAAGUACUUUUGGUGGAUCAACAUCCACGGUAACCAGGUUGUUCCAAACAAAUGCAGAAAACAUCAGUAAAUGCAAGUGUGGUAUUGAGAACGUGCGCAAUGGUUCCACAUUGCUCUUCAACUUGAAUUACCCACCGUACAUGCCCCAAGGAAAUAGUGUAUUAAUAUUUUGGAAGUAUGCUGGAAAAAGUUCUUUGUUAUUGAAUCCUUCUUUUCUAAUAACACAGGUUCAGAUUAAGUCGCUGAAAUGCCUACCAGAUGUCUUGGUAAUUAACUGCCAAAUAGAAACUGUCAAGGAUUUAGAAUUCUGGAAAGCUCAACAAGAGUAUGCUGGUGUUGUGAUUGAUGACAAUGCUACAGAGAAACCAUUAAGUAAACCUUGUAGGUAUGGCAAAGGGUGCACUAGGAAAGGAUGUAAAUUCAACCAUGAAAUCACUGAGGACAGUUUAGAAAGACUCGUUUUUGAUCUAGCUGAUAUGGGUGUUGAGGAGACUAAAAAAUCUUGGGUUCCCUACGGCUUAAAAAUGAAACUAAGCAGUGAUAGAACCCUGUCCGUCGAAGAUAUAUUUGAAGAGAAUGUUGGCGCUGUUGGUGAAGAAUACAAGAUUUAUGAUUUACAUGCGUCUGUGGUUCAUAUUCAAGACAUCAAAACUGGUGGUAAUCUGGCUGCUCAUAUUCUAGUAGGUCCAACAUACCAUAAAAGGAAAGAGGGUGUUACGCAUAGUAACUGGUAUCUGUUUAAUGACUUUGCUAUUGCACCUAUUGACAAGCAUGAGGCAGUACAGUUCAAUCUAGAGUGGAAAGUACCGUGUGUGUUAUAUUUCUUAAGACGAGAUCUCAAUGAGGACUAUGAAUGUACAAUCACUUCUCCAAUUAAGGCCAGUUCACUACUAGCCGAACCAUCCAUGGCUAAAGCUGGUAUGAAACAACACAUUGCAUUUACACCAUUACAAGCCAGUGAGCUACCAGAACCAGGAGAUCUUGUGGGACUGGACGCAGAAUUUGUGACAUUGAAUCAGGAAGAAGCUGAAAUUCGUAGUGAUGGUACUCGAUCUACUAUUAAACCCAGUCAAAUGUCAGCGGCAAGAAUCACAUGUGUCAGAGGUCAAGGGCCAUCUGAAGGUGUAGCAUUCAUAGAUGAUUAUAUAUCAACGCAAGAACAGGUUGUGGACUACCUAACUCAGUUCUCUGGUAUCAAACCAGGUGACUUAGAUGCUACCAUGUCAUCAAAGCAUUUGACUACCUUGAAGUCCACAUACUUGAAACUAAGAUAUCUGAUAGAUCAGGGUGUAACCUUUGUGGGACAUGGACUCAAAAAAGAUUUCAGAGUCAUCAAUCUGCUGGUUCCACAACACCAAGUCAUAGACACGGCAUCACUGUUCAGCCUUCCUAAACAACGUAUACCGUCAUUGCGAUUCCUCGCAUGGUUCUUUCUAGGCAUCAACAUUCAGGGAGUCACCCAUGACAGUACGGAGGAUGCCAGAUCAGCCGUUAUGCUGUACAAGAAAUACAAAGAUAUCAGUAACAAUGGAGAAGACAGAGAAAACUGGGAGGCCACGCUGAAGAAUCUUUACGACAAGGGACGAAAGAUGGGCUGGAAAGUACCCGAUGAUGAAUGAUAACCAUCUAAAUUUUGCUCCCUGCUAUUUUCGGCAUUCAUGUAGACAAAAUAUCGCGAAAGUUGCUGACAUUCCUUGAUGUAGACAUUUUCACUGCAACCAAUUAUUGCAAUUUUUCUCUGACUUGCGAAAUCUACAAAAAAUGUGUCUCUCAAAAAUUAAAAUGAUUUACAGUGGAGUGUGUCAGUUUCACUGGGAGAAAACAAUCUACUUGUCGAUGAAUACAAAAUACAUUUACUGCCAACUUUAGUAACAAUGUUACCAUUUGUAGUCAUCCCUUUAUAGUAUGGAUUGCAAGUAAAUUUAUUUCACAGUUAUCAAUCUUUGUCGUACAAUUUGAUUUCUCCAUUUGUUUGCCUUUAUAACAUUCCAGUAGUUUUUCUGAAUUUCCUAAUUUCCUAGAUGUUAUCGAAAAAGCUACAUGUAUGUAUGUAUUACCAUAUGUAGAAGGACCACUACUAUUAUAACUAUGUUAUGGUGUCUGCAUUCAUUCUAAAACAUAUAUGAAUUCCCUUCUUUAUUGAGUAAAGUACAUCAUUAAUAUUGAAUGUGUUCCAGGUUAUUGAUGUCACAUUCAAACACUUUGUUUUUGUUUCCAUUGUGCAUAGAAUCACUAUAGCGAGUGUAAGAAAUAGAAUCCUAUCAUUAGAUGUAUAGCUACACAUUAUCGAUGCAAUCACUGUACUGCCUUCAAGCAUACUUUAUUUUCGCUUGGAACUAAUUUUCGCUAAAGAAAUGAUUCAGUGAAAAUAAAAUCUAGCGAAUAUACUUUUUAACCUAUGUUUUACAUUCAACUUGUCAAAAAUCAAAAUAUAUAAAUUCUAUAUGAAACACCGAAAAAGUCUUUUAAGCGAAAGUACCGCUACUUAGUGGUAUUUUUGUGGUAACCGCAUAAAGUGCAUGUAUACUCAGUGUUAUUUAAAUAUCGGUAUAUGUCAGCUAAUAUUGUACAUCAAAUCACCUUGCUGAGUAACUGUUAUUUUUUACAUUUUGAAUAUUGGUGAAGCAUUGUUUAUUGGUUUUUAGUGUAUUAACACAAUUAAAUUACAGUUGUUGUUUACAGGUACAGUACAGUACAUUGGAUUCAGGUCAAUCCAAGAUGGUUGACAGGUGGCCAUUUUGUGGUAAAAAAUAAUUUCUACUACUCUGCAACUAAAUCCAA